AUGAAUCUUCCUUUGGAAGAGUGCGCCAAGGAUUACGAGAAACGCAUCCGGGAGCACUUCAAGGAGCCGGAGAAAACUCCUUCAUUUGACCUUUUGCUGCUGGGAAUGGGACCAGAUGGGCACACUUGUUCACUCUUCCCCGGGCAUAAACUCCUGGCAGAGACAUCUUCCCUGGUGGCUCCGAUUUCUGACUCGCCAAAACCACCCCCGGAGAGGGUCACAAUGACUUAUCCUCUGAUAAAUGAGGCCAAGUGCUGCGUCUUCGCCAUGGCAGGCGCCGGAAAAGCUGAAAUGGUGCGCAGAAUCAUUAAGGAUAAGGAAGAUCUGCCCGCAGGAAGAGUCAAGCCUGCAGAUUGUGUCUGGAUCAUCGACGAAGCCGCGGCUUCUCAGCUCUGA